CAAUUAAAACCCCUAUAAAUACGAUGGGUUUUCAACUCUCUAGUAUCCUCUGUGGCUUCUGAAUCUUCUGCUCAUUCCUCCUUAAGCAGGUUCACCCAUCUUUGCUAAAAUGGCUCAACUGCUGAACAGCAUUCUCACUGUGAUUGAGGUGUUCCAGAAACAUGCUAAAGAGAAUGGGAACUGUACCUCACUGUGCAAGAAGGAGUUGAAGCAGCUGCUCUUGGUUGAGUUUGGAGACAUCCUCCGGAGACCAAAUGACCCAGAGACUGUGGAAACCAUCCUGAGCCUCUUGGAUAAAGACAGAAAUGGACACGUUGAUUUUCAUGAAUAUCUCUUGUUGGUGUUUCAAUUGGCCCAAGCCUGCUAUCAUAAACUAAAUAAUAGGUCAUGUGGAGAUAGAAUCUCUCAGCAAGAAGGGGAGCAGGAGGGAACACAAGACCAUAAGUUCCCAGAAAAUACAGGCAGACAACACAGGCAGAGGCAUGAGGAAGAAAGGCAGGACUCCCAUUGCACUCAGUCCGAGAGACAAAACCAGGAUGUACACCAGGAUCAGUCUGAGAGACAGGGUAGGGACUCCUGCUAUGGUCAGGCUGAGAGACAGGAUAUGGACUCCCAUUGUGGUCAGUCUGAGAGACAGGAUAGGGACUCCCACUAUGGUCAGUCUGAGAGACAUGUUAGGGACCCCCACUAUGGUCAGUCUGAGAGACAGGAUACAGACUCCCACUAUGGUCAAAGAUGGAGUCAUAAAUCUAGCAGUAGCCAGCCUAAAAAACAAGGAUAUAUCUUUGCCUUAAAUCAAUGUGAGAGACAAAUUCACAAUUCUUGUUAUGGCCAGACAAACCAACAGGAAUCAGGCUUUUAUUAUGGACCGUCUGGGAGGCUGGAUCAGAAAUCAGGUUAUGGUCAGAGAGAUAGGCAAGAAUUGGACUCUCAAUAUAGCCAGACAGACAGACAAGACCAGAGUUCCCACUCUAGCCAGACAGUCAGACAAGGCCAGAGUUCCCACUAUGGUCACACAGACAGACAAGGCCAGAAUUCCUGCUAUGGCCAGAUAGACAGACAAAGCCAGAGUUCCCGCUAUGGCCAGACAGACAGACAAGGCCAGAAUUCCCGCUAUGGUCAGACAGACAGACAAGGCCAGAGUUCUCACUAUGGCCAGACAGACAGAGCAGGCCAGAGUUCCCACUAUGACCAGUCAGACAGACAAGGACAGAGUUCCCACUAUGGCCAGACAGACAGACAAGGCCAGAAUUCCCCCUAUGACCAGACAGACAGACAAGGCCAGAAUUCCCGCCAUGGUCAGACAGACAGACAAGGCCAGAAUUGCUGCUAUGGCCAGAUAGACAGACAAGGCCAGAAUUCCCGCCAUGGUCAGACAGACAGACAAGGCCAGAGUUCCCGCUAUGGCCAGACAGACAGACAAGGCCAGAAUUCCCGCUAUGGUCAGACAGACAGACAAGGCCAGAGUUCUCACUAUGGCCAGACAGACAGAGCAGGCCAGAGUUCCCACUAUGACCAGUCAGACAGACAAGGACAGAGUUCCCACUAUGGCCAGACAGACAGACAAGGCCAGAAUUCCCCCUAUGACCAGACAGACAGACAAGGCCAGAAUUCCCCCUAUGACCAGACAGACAGACAAGGCCAGAAUUCCCGCCAUGGUCAGACAGACAGACAAGGCCAGAGUUCUCACUAUGGCCAGACAGACAGAGCAGGCCAGAGUUCCCACUAUGACCAGUCAGACAGACAAGGACAGAGUUCCCACUAUGGCCAGACAGACAGACAAGGCCAGAGUUCCCACUAUGGCCAGACAGACAGACAAGGCCAGAAUUCCCGCUAUGGUCAGACAGACAGACAAGGCCAGAAUUCCCGCCAUGGUCAGACAGACAGACAAGGCCAGAAUUCCCGCUAUGGUCAGACAGACAGACAAGGCCAGAAUUCCCGCCAUGGUCAGACAGACAGACAAGGCCAGAAUUCCCGCCAUGGUCAGACAGACAGACAAGGCCAGAGUUCUCACUAUGACCAGUCAGACAGAGCAGGCCAGAGUUCUCACUAUGACCAGUCAGACAGACAAGGCCAGAGUUCCCGCUAUGGCCAGACAGACAGAGCAGGCCAGAGUUAUCAUUAUGGCCAGACAGACAGACAAGGCAUGAGCUCUCAUUAUGGCCAGCCAGACAGACAAGGCCAGAAUUCCCGCUAUGGUCAGACAGACAGACAAGGCCAGAAUUCCCACUAUGGUCAGACAGACAGACAAGGCCAGAGUUCUCACUAUGGCCAGACAGACAGAGCAGGCCAGAGUUAUCAUUAUGGCCAGACAGACAGACAAGGCAUGAGCUCUCAUUAUGGCCAGACAAAUAGAGAAUGCCAGGGCUAUUGUUCUGGCCAGACAGACAGAGAAGGCCACAGUAAUUGUUAUGGUCAGACAGACAGACAAGGCCUGAGUUCUCACCAUGGUCAGUCAGAGACUAGGAAGAUAGAGCAAAAUAGUUACCUUCAAGGGAGGGAAGAAAUAAGCAGAGACUCGUAUGUUGAGCAACCAGGAAGUUCAGGGAGACUAAGUCAACAGACUCAAGGACAAGAAGUGGCUCGAAAUCAGGGACAGAGAUUUCAGUCUAGGGAAGGGCAGCAGAACAGCCACCAGGCAUGGGAGCCCGAGGAAGAUAACCAACACCAUCAACACAAACUCAUAGCACAAAUCAAGCAAGAAGUGCCACACGGUUAUAAAGAAGGUGAAAGGCAAUCAUGUAGUGGUGAGCAGGGCCACAGACAGACACAGGCCAGGCAUGAAGAGAGGCAGAGCCACCAGGCAGAAGGAGAGCAGGCCUGCCAAAGCUGGGGCAGACACGGUUGUGAGGGUCAGGAAACUCCAUGCAAGAUGCAGUCCAGGCAAAACCAUGAAGAGGAACAAGGCCAUCAGAGACGGGACAGGCAAACCCACAAAGAUGAGCAGACCCGUCAGAGACAAGAGAGGCAAACCCACGAAGAUGAGCAGACCCGUCAGAGACGAGAGAAGCAAACCCACGAAGAUGAGCAGACCCAUCAGAGACAAGACAGGCAAACACAUGAAGAGAAUCAAAACUAUCAGCAAAAAUGGGAUAGGCAAACCCUUGAGGAGGAAGCAAGGUAUCAAGGGUCCCAGGAUCAACAACCUUAUGGGAUCCAGCAAGGCUGUACUAAUAGAGAAAAAUUCCACAGGAAUGAAAAUAGCCAGAGGCAAAAUUCCCAGGGAGGAUGCAGUAACCUGACCCUCCAUCCCACCCAGAGCAGUGGGAGGCCCUCAAGGGGAGAACAGGGUGGAAGUCACCCUAACAAGGUAGCUUCUGCUCCCAACGCCCUCUAUAACUAUGUACAAGAGCAGAAAAGGAAUUAGCACUAGGUUGUGCACACACCAGAGCUAAAGCAGCCUGAAGCCAAAGAAAUCUACAUGUCAAGUUUAUCCUUACUUCUGUUUAAGAGAUUGAAAAUGUAUGUCUUCCUUCUCUCUUCUAUCUACUUAUAAAGAUGCUUUGAGGACUAGUAUUCACUUUUAGGGCAUUUCCGUUCUUUAAGCAGCAAUUCUAGGGUGUUCCAGUUGGGUUAAGUCUGAGUGGCAAAUUGGGUGACAUAAUCAGAUCCCAAUUUUGAUUAGUUUGGGGAUUUAAUCAUUUCCUGGUUUUCCCUCUGUGUAGGUGGGGACAUGGCUGGGUCACUGAAUGGUAGAAACUUCUUCCAAAAGUUCAGAAACAGGAAAGGUAUUCCAAAAAUACAUAUUACAGCCCGAGGACAGGACACCUGGUCUUUUGUGACCUUGGCUCCAAUGGACAAAACACCAGGAAUUGCAAACCUCAUAGCCUAAAAUGAAACACGGUGAGAUGCUGCUAGGAGAGUCAACUCUGAAGUCCACAACACCUCCCACACCUAGGCUCCCAACCCUCACCAGAGGGACAUUUCCCUGAGCUGCUACAGCUGACUUGACUGGUUCCAGCUCCAUAGCAUUCCAGUUUCUGACCACAUAAAACAGAGAGAAAGCAUAUGUCAUCUGCUGACAGAUUCCAACAAACCAAAACCGUCCCUCCAUUGCUCUGGAAAACCCUUCAAAGAAAAUCUAUGGAAAUCUAUUAAAAUAUCCAAUAAAUGAUUGGUGAACAAUGA